AGAAGCAGAAUCCCAAGAGCUCAGUGAGUAGGGAAGCGGCCCGAGCCACGGCGUCCCCUCUACUCCCCGCCUUUCAGUCUUCGCAGAUGCCGGUUCAGUUUAACCAGAGGGGCUAGGAUUCCUAAAGCCCCAGCCCCCAUGACUCAGGGGUUCCCGGCAGGUUCCCCCUGCCUCGAUUCCGGUUUCUAUGCGCGAACGCCCCCCUGCCCUGCUCCAGGUCCCUCCUCCUGCGUCCGAGUUCCCCUGCAGGCCUCGGCCGCUGCCCGCCUAGUCACUCUCGGUUCGUCUCCCUGACUGUCUGCAGGCCUGGGCAGCAUGGCCGUAUUCCGCUCUGGCCUCCUGGUGCUGACAACGCCGCUGGCCACCUUGGCCCCACGUCUGUCUCCCAUCCUGACCUCGGCGGCUGGCCUGGUCAGCCACACCCUCUAUGUGCACCUGCAACCGGGCAUGGACCUGGGGGGUCCCGCUCAGCCCCAGGCCAGCCCGGUGCAGGCCACCUUUGAAGUUCUGGAUUUCAUCACACACCUCUACACCGGCGCCGACCUGCUCAGGCACCUGGACGUCAGAAUUCUACUGACCAAUAUCCAAACCAAGAGCACUUUUCUCCCCGUUCUGCCCUCCGUCCAGAAUCUGGCCCAACCUCCAGAAGUAGUACUGACGGACUUCCAGACCCUGGAUGGGAGCCAGUACAACCCGGUGAAACAACAUCUAGAGCGUUAUGCCACCAGUUGUUACAGCUGUUGUUCGCAGUUGUCUUCCAUCUUGCUGUAUCCGGAUUAUGGAACUGGAGAGCUGCCUGUGGAGACCCUGAAUGCUUCCUUACCCUCCACCAUAAGGCCAGCUUCCCCAGUUGCCAGAUCUCCAAAGCAACCUGUGCGUGGCUACCACCGUGGGGCCGUGGGUGGCACUUUUGACCGCUUGCACAAUGCCCACAAAGUGUUGCUCAGUAUUGCAUGUGUGCUGGCCCAGGAGCAGCUUGUGGUGGGAGUAGCAGACAAAGAUCUGUUGAAGAGCAAGCUGCUCCCUGAGCUGCUCCAGCCUUAUGCAGAGCGUGUGGACCAUCUGAGUGAGUUCCUGGUGGACAUCAAGCCCUCCCUGACUUUUGAUAUCGUCCCCCUGCUGGACCCCUAUGGGCCUGCUGGGUCUGACCCUACCUUGGAGUUCCUGGUGGUCAGCGAGGAGACCUAUCGUGGGGGGAUGGCCGUCAACCGCUUCCGCCUUGAGAAUGGCAAGGAGGAACUUGCCUUAUACCAGAUACAGCUGCUGAAGGACCAAAGUCACGGUGAAAAUGAAGAGGACAAGGUCAGCUCCUCCAGCUUCCGCCAGCGGAUUCUGGGAAACCUGCUUCAGCCUCCAGAUAGGCCAGAGCUCCCGUCUGGGCUCUAUGUGCUCGGGCUGACAGGCAUCAGUGGCUCUGGGAAAAGCUCAGUAGCUCAGCGGUUGAAGAACCUGGGAGCAUAUAUCAUUGACAGUGACCUUCUGGGCCAUCGGGCCUAUGCUCCCGGGGGCCCUGCCUACCAGCCUGUGGUGGAGGCCUUUGGAGCAGAUAUUCUUCAUAAAGAUGGCACCAUCAAUAGGAAGGUCCUGGGCAGCCGGGUGUUUGGCAACAAGAAGCAGCUGAAGAUCCUCACAGACAUUGUGUGGCCAGUUAUCGCAAAGCUGGCCCGAGAGGAGAUGGAUUUGGCUGUGGCUAAGGGAAAGUCUGUGUGUGUGAUAGAUGCUGCUAUGCUGCUGGAAGCUGGCUGGCAGAAUAUGGUGCACGAGGUGUGGACCAUUGUCAUCCCUGAGACUGAGGCAGUACGACGUAUUGUUGAGAGGGAUGGACUGAGUGAGGCAGCCGCUCAGAGCCGGCUGCAGAGCCAGAUGAGCGGGCAGCAGCUGGUAGAGCAGAGCCAUGUGGUCCUGAGUACCUUGUGGGAACCACAUGUCACACAGCGACAGGUGGAAAAGGCCUGGACUCUUCUACAGAAGCGCCUCUCUAAGACCCACCAGACCAAGAACUGACAAUGGAUUUUCUGUGGCACCAAAGUGGCCCCUGGAACUAACAAAUCUGGUGGUGAGGAGGAAUGGGGGCCUCGAUGUUCACCCUGUGGCAGGCCUAAGGGCUUCAAGCUAAGCUGUGCAGGACACAGACAGAAGCCCGGAAGUCUGCCUAGCAUGCUGGAAUUGGCCGGCAGUGAGGCUGUAGCCAGUGGGGGAGCAGUCCCCUCUAGGGUUUUGUCCCCUUUAGUGGUGGAUGUGUGGCGUCUGUCUACCGUUGAUGGGUUGUGGGAAACACUGGACCCAGUAACCGAAUUAAAGAUGUUUCCAAGGC